AUGCUGUCUGGGAGGCUUGCAAGUUCCCUACAGCAAGAGACAAUCCUCAAUUCGAUGCACAAGUAUCAGCCCCGGUUCCAUCUGAUCAAGGCAAAGGAUGUGAUUCGACUCCCCUAUUCCUCCUUCCACUCCUUCUCAUUUCCCGAAACCGUAUUUAUUGCGGUCACUGCAUAUCAAAAUGAGAUGAUAACGCAGCUGAAAAUAGAUCACAAUCCCUUUGCAAAAGGCUUUCGGGACACCGGCGGUGGAAGGCGAGAGAAGAAGUAA